CCGUGGUGUCUGCUACGGGUGGAUCAAAGGUAUAUGUUGUACAUUGGACAUAUAGACCGUGGUGUCGGGGAUGGGUAAUAAGUAAGAUCCGCAGCGUGAGACAAAGAGAAGUAAUUUACGCACAUUAUCAAUGUGAAGGGGUUGGAUCGAGAUUAGUUAAAGUAAACAAGUAAUCUAAUAUUUUUCAAGUUACUUCAAUAGUAAUAAUACUCUCAACACGAGGCUAUUGUGGCAACAUACUUGGUAUGUAACACAAUACCCUGAUGAAGUUCCCUGCCUUAUUUGUGUCUGUGGUGCCACAUGUACGCACAAGAAUUUUCUGUCAGAGCAUUCCUGAGUUGGCUUUUUGUCAAACACUUCGGACUAAGCUCCAUGUUGAUCCAGCACCAAGUCAGUCUUCUCGUAACUGCGACGAGCUGCAAAUAUCUCUGCAUGAUGGAACUAACAAGAGUUGUAUUCAUCAGUCUUGUGUUCUUGUGCGGUGUCAGAGACGCACAUGCUGAUACCAAUUUGACCGACUUGACUGGACAAGUGAGAGUCCUGACCGCAACUAUCCAAGCAUGGAAAGGAAGAGUUGUUAAUAUUAAGACUGAUAUGAAACAGCACUUUAAGAGGUGGGAGUCAUCACUGAAAAAUCAACUGACUGACACGUUCAUUCCUGCCCUGAUAAAGCCUCUAGUGGAGCAAGCGAUUACUGGCAUCCUGAAAGAGUAUAACAUUAGGAAUAUUAUGAGUGGACGUGUUCAUGAUUUAGUUCAUUACACAAAGACACAACUUCGGGCAGUAACACAACAGCUCAGACGUGUAGAAAGGGAAAGAGACAGUUACAAAGAAAGUAUUUUUAAGCUUCGUAGCGAGGUGAACACAGACAUCCACAGUUUACAGCUGCAGCUGAAUGAGACGAAAGCUGGUCUUCGCGAUGCAAAGAUGGUGAACACUUUUCUUAAGGAAGAUUUAAUUACACUAAAUACAAGCUGUGUGAAGAGAGAAGAGAUAGAAGCGCGCUCCAAUGAUGAACAGUCAUACAGGGCGGGAUUGCAGGAAAUGCAGCAAAAGUUAAAAACUGACAUUCAGAGUUUAAACAUUCAACUAAAUCAGACCAUUGAUGACCUACAUGAUUCAAAUCAAGUAAUCACUGGUCUUACAGAGGACAUGGUGACACUGAAUACAAGCUGUGUGGUGAGAGAAGAUAUUAAAGAGGUCAAUGUUACUGACAGGUCGCUGACUACAUCGUCGUUGUCGCAGGUGUCAUUCACAGCAUCGCCCCCUUCGUUUCCGGGUGCUGCAGGAGCCUCGAGCGACCGGAGCCACGGAGAAAGGGCUGCACAGAUGACGACAGUGACGACCCAUGCCUCGAGUGACCCGAGCCAGACCGCGAGGACAGCAGUGACGACCACAAAAAAGCCUGCUACACAGGGUAGGUGGGAGAAGCCAGCAGCGACUCCAUCACCAGCAGACUGCGAGGACCUCGUUGACGCCAGCUUGACCGGGAACCUGGAGGAGGUGAAGCGGCUCCUGUCUCAGGGCGUGGACGUCAAUUGUAGGUGGGGGAGGAGCAGGACACCGGUGAUGGGGGCAGCAUGGAGGGGACAGAGAGACGUGGUGGAGCUCCUGGUGAGUGAAGGGGCCGAUGUGUCACUGGUGGACGGGGUCGGUUACAACACCCUUCACUGGGCCUGUAGUAGAGGAGACAUGGAGACGGUGAAGUUUGUGCUGUCUCUGCACGUGGUGGACAUCGACGCCAGGACCAAAUACGGGGAGACGGCGGCCGACCUGGCGAGAUCAAGGGGACAUACGCGAGUGUUGGAUCUCCUCGUGUCCCGCGGCGCUCAGUGACGUCAGUGUCGUGUUUGUGUGGACGGUGGGGGAGACCUGACAGUGACGUGGUGUGCCGUUCACGUCGUCGUGUGUACAUAUGUCUUUAUUUACGUGAAACUGUUUCUUGUUUUUGGAGAUGAAUAAAACUUGUAAAAACUU